ACUGAACAGUUUUCACCCCGGCUUUGUUUUGCAGAAUCUGAUCAAUUUAGGGAUUCAAAGGGUUUUAUAGCUGUAUUGAAAAAGCCUAAAAUUGAAAACCUUGAUCAGCAUGAGCUGGACUGGGAAAGAGAUGAUCAGCAUGAGCUGGACUGGGAAAGAGAUUGGGAUCGGCCAAUGCUUAAGAAGGAGCUUGGAGCAUGCGCAAUGCCAACAUGGGCUCCUGAAACGGAGAAAUACCCCAGAACGUACGCUGCUACCACAGAACCCAAGGUCAAAGUUCAUUUUCUAGGUUUAAAAAAGGUAAGAGUGUUUUAAAAAGUAGCAAUAAAUACUUCCCCGAAAAGAAAUCUGAAAUAACCGGAAUAAGAAGGGGAUGGAUGGGUUGGGCGUUAAGACCUGAACAGAAGUUAACUUUUUUGAGGGAGGCGGUGGGGUUCUGUUUAGCAGGCAGCCUCUUCCCCAGGGAGUUACCCUGGGAACGGUUGCCAUAAGCCGUUGUGCGUCUUGUAUCGAUAGGGGAUGUGUCGUUAUCUGAAUCAGGGAAACUCCCAAAAUUUUGCAUGCGCUCUAGCCGAGGUUAGCUUGUCAACGAUAUCGACGGCGGCUUGAUUCAAAAGGCUGCGACCCAUAAAAAAAAAAAAACCGCUUCCUUCAUCGACUACUUCUCUUGGUACGAAACUUCGGAGAAUCGGUUUCAUCGCAAUUACUGACAUCAGACUAGCACAUACGUUAAUACGGGCACGAUAUACAAAUAGUUGCAUUCGAUAUGCCAGUGACUCGACAGAUUGAGUAAAGGUGCCGGAAAGAAAAGAUGGAAGAGACAAUGAAUCAGCCACGCGUGAACAUGCAGAGACUAGUGAAAAGAAAUAGGGAGGAGGGCACCGUCAAAUCUAUUAUUCACGAGAAGAAAACUGCGGUAAAAAUGCCAUUUGGGGGCAUGGAUAAUCCUCUCAUCAGCCGAAACAGUCUACGGUCUCGACCACACCGUAAUUUCGAUCCGGUAAAAGAUUGCUAGCUUGAGAAAACAGCCGACAUUUGGCAACGCUGCCACUGGUUUCCCCGCCAAAUGACGUCUGAGAAACAAGCGCAGAAAUUCCAUACUGAUGAUGCGUCACUACUUAGAUCUGGGUAGUGCUUCUGAUUGGUCGUCCGCGUGGGAAAUUUGAUUCAACCAAUCAGAGGCGCUACCCAGAUCUGGGUAGUGACGCUUCAUCAGUAUGGAAUUUCUGCGCUCCUUUCUCAGAUGUCAUUUGGCGGGGAAACCAGUGGUCGCGUCCCCAAAUGUCGGCUGUUUUCUCAGGCUAAAAGAUUGCAUACCCUCAUGUCCUUUUACUCCCUUUCAUUCUGCAUUAGCCACUGUAAGUAAAUCAAAAUCGGGCAUGGCUGUAAGGGACCAUCUUUUCUUACUCAAAGGAGGCCUUGUUGGGGCGUGUGAUUGGGCGGGGUUAGGAUGCUGUGGACUUACUGACUUAUAUGUAAAGGACAACUGUACUCUUAAAGUUCUUUUCGCUUUUUUUCUUUUUUUACCAGGAGUAUGAAAAGGUACAGAGUCGUGUAAAUCGCCAGUCACGGCAACGGUUGGCAGACGGCAAAGUUCGCAUCAUGAUCAAAACCGAAGCUCAGAUUGAACACAUUGGGGUAUGCGUGGAGCGUAUUCCAAUGGCUGCUGCUUUAAGUGGUGAUGUCACAGGCAGAGUUCCACUGAAUGUCAAACUGGGAGCACAGAUGAUCAACAAGGUGCGCAAAAGGCUAGUGAUCGGAAAACGCAAAAUUAGGAAAUUUAUCAUGAUCAUUAUCAUGGGGGAGGAAGGCUAGGAUAGGGGCUGUUCAUCUCUCGAUCACUCCAUCCUCUAUAUAGUCUUUCUAUUGCAAAAGCAUCGCCCCAUGAAAAGGAAUUCAAGAAAGUCUUGGAAUCUGAAUUCCACACCGUGGAAUAUGGAGACCGGAUUCUGACCGUUUGUCAAAUUCCGGAUUCCUUGAGAUGUAUUCCAGAUUCCAAAGCCCAAAAUCUGGAUUCUAGAAGCAAAACUGAUUUCCACGAUUCUGGAAUCCAGAUUACGUUUAUACAUGGCGCGAAAAGCAAAAGCAAUUUGCGCCGCAUUUGUGGGCUUCCGUUCCCAUACGUUAAUCCUUCCUACCUUACCCUAGAAAGCGAAUUCACAGUAAUUUUUAAGGAGUUAUAAUAACUCCUCUAGUGGGGUUAAUUUAACUCCUUACAGUGGAGUUAUUUUUGGGGGAGUUAUUUUAACUCCAAAAAUAAGUUUAAAGAACUCUUUUUCAGGAGUAAAAAUGACCCCAGAUAUUGAGGAUUUAAAAUAACCACCAAAAAGGAGUUAUCCUGUACCUAAAUUUUUUUUACUUCACUCUCAGAGUUAAAUUAACUCCAAAAAGAGUAAAAAGAACCUAUGUAAGGAGUGAAAAUAACCCCAUUGUCGGAGUUAUUUUAACUCCAGACUAGGAGUAGAAAGAACUCUUUUUCAGGAGUAAAGAUGACCCCAGAUCUGGAGUUACAUAAGGAGUUAAAGUAACCCCCAAAAGGGGUUAUCCUGUGCCUAAAAUUUUACUCCAUUUUUGGAGUUAUAAUAACUCCCUAAAAAUUACGGUGAAAGUAAGUAAACAAAUCCACUGUAUGUUUCUACGCAAAGAGCGGAAAAGUCUUAUCACCCUCUACCGAAGGAUUGUUGCUGUCUAUGGCUCCAGGUACUAUUACUCUUAGCUCCAAGUAUGGCAGUUGCUACCUAAAUUCAUUUCUAACUGACGGCUUAUCCUGUUUCUGUUGUUAGCAAUUCUUGUCAGUGGAUCUGGACUCAGUUUACAUGUCUUCUCAAGGAACUCCUGUUUAUAAGCUCUCUACUGUUGACGCAGACAGGCGAAACCGAUUCCGUUUAAUUGUUACAGUGCUGUUCAUUGAUGGAGAGGGUAGCAGGUCAUUUGCUAGUCCGCCUUUCCUUCUUCGAAGCCGCAGACCAGAGAGAAAGAAGUCUUGUUAA